GUCCUCAACGUCCUUCUCUUCGUGAAGGGCCCGGUCUGGCGGGCCCUCUUCGGCAAAGAAGCCGAUAAGCUGGAGCAGGCCAACGACGACGACAAGACCUACUACGUCAUCGAGAAGGAGCCCUUGGUCAACACCUACAUCUCCGUCCCCAAGGAGAACAGCACCCUCAACUGCGCCGCCUUCACCGCCGGCUUGGUGGAGGCCGUCCCCACCGCCAGCCGGUUCCCCGCUUUUUUUUCCAGCGGUUUCCCCGCCAAGGUCACCGCUCACUGGCACAAAGGCACCACCCUCAUGAUCAAGUUCGAGGAGGCCGUCAUCGCCCGGGAUAAGAGCCUGGAGGGGCGCUGA